AUGGCUUCUGAUGACAUUAACUUUGAAAAUGUUGCCUCUCCUCCUCCGGCCGCAUUGGAUAAUCCCAAAAUCGACAGAGUUGUAGACAAUGCUCGUAGUGCAGCAAUUCCUUGGCAUGGUUAUCAACGAUCGGGCAUCUUAACCGAGAGUGAAUAUGAGUUAAUCUCAGACGUCGUUGGAAAAUCAAUAGACGUCUAUAAAAGAUUUGUCGAAUCUGAUGUAAAGCUAUAUACGAAUUUAUUCUUGAAGUUGUUUUCGAUCACAACGAACCCUGACAUUUUACACUAUGCUUUUGUGAAAGUGGCCGAUGCUUUAUUAAAUUCCAAAGACUUUUCUUUAUUUUUUAUUCCAUUGCUCUUUAAAUUCCUUAAAGAAAAUGAAAGCUACUUUGACAAUCUCGGAGACGAUGGAAAGUUAUUGUUUGCUCGUGUGUUUGCUUUGGCAAACUUAUAUGUGGCUUGCAGUUGUCCCAAAAUGUUUACUGUAUUUUUAGAGUACUUAAGCAAGCUUAUGAUAAGCUCAGACAACUGUCUAUGCUUAUUUGCCGCUCAAUGUCUUGCUUCCAUGUUGAGCCUGAAAGCUCAUCGUUAUGCUGUAUGGGCAGAAGGUUCUUGCCCUUCUCGUUUAGCCGAGCUACUUCGAACUUCUUCUGAUUCUCAACUGCAAUACUAUUCCCUUUUCUGCUUUUGGCUACUUACGUUUGAAAGUCCCAUUGCCAAAGAGGUCAAUAAACCCUUUGAUCUUGUCAAUGUAAUGGUUCAGAUUGCAAGAUCGGAUACAAAAAUCAAGGUUUAUCGUUUGAUCCUCGCUAUAUUUUCCAAUCUUUUGCAAAAAGCUCCUAAUGAAAAUAUAUUUACUAUGCUCCUUGAAAACGUUGAUAAAGUCGUUAAAGUACUUCAGCGAAGAAAGUGGGCUGACGAAGAAAUCCUUGGUUAUAUGGAAUAUAUACUUUCAACAUUGGAAGUAAGUUCUCAGCAUUUAUCCACAUUUGAUAUCUACAAAUCUGAAAUAAAAAGCGGCCAACUCCAAUGGUCGCCUUCUCAUCGCUCAGAACAAUUUUGGAUGGAGAAUGUUACGAAACUCAAUUCUGAUAAUUGCUCCCUGCUUAAAAAGUUAUUUCAAAAAUUACAAACCAAUGACAACUCUACUUCGCUCGCUGUUGCAUGCCAUGAUUUAGGUGCAUACAUAACAUACUACCCCAAGGGCAAAAGCGUCUUGGUGAAGUAUGGCAUGAAACAACGUAUUAUGGAACUCAUGAGCCAUCCUGAUCCAGAAGUUCGGUUUGAAGCGCUCAAUACCGUUCAAAGAUUAAUGACUGAGGUUUGGAAUAAUUAA